AUUUGCGUCUUAUUAUCUUUAUCUUGCAUUCUUUUUACGUAAUCAUGCUAUCUCUCAUAUGUUUAGUCCAAACAAAGGAGUAUAAUUUUUAUGUACACUUUUGGAGUUCUUUAUACAUUUAAUAGAGCUUUUAUCAGUUUUAUUACGACAAUCAUCAUUCUCGAAUGGGAAUUCACUAUAAGCCUAACAACGUUACAUUUACAUAUAGUAUAGGUAUCAGUGACAUGAUGUCGUUCUGCAUUCUCGAUAAUUAUCUGUUACUUUUAAUAGUCGUAAGUCUAAAUGCAAUGCUAAUUGUGAGUUUACAACCUGAGCUGAAAUUGGUUAAUGUGGUGUUUAGACAUGGCGAUCGAACACCCGGAAAAAUGAGACAUGAAAUGUAUCCAAACGAUCCAUAUGUAAAUUAUUCAUUCUAUCCGAUAGGCGACGGUGAAUUAAUUAAUCAAGGCAAGAAACGCGAAUAUGAAUUGGGACAAGCCUUGCGCAACAGAUAUAGAGACUUCCUAGGCGAUAUGUAUCUACCAAAGCUCGUCAAGGCUCACACUUCAGAUACUGAGAGAACGAAGAUGUCCCUACAACUUGUUCUAGCUGCCUUGUUUCCGCCUACGGAUACACAACGAUGGAAAACUGAUUUAAACUGGCAACCAAUUCCGGCGACGUAUGUGCCACGUAUGAAUGACAAAUUUUUCUUGGGAAACGAGUGUCCACAAUUCAUCAACGAAUACAAUCGCAUACGGAAUUUGCCAGAAAUAAAAAAAAGAUUGUCCCAAUUGAAGAACCCAAUGAAUAAGUUGACAGAGUUAACCGGUAAAAAUAUCGAAACGCCUAUGGAUUUCUAUCAUUUAUAUCAAACUUUUGUGGUGGAGUAUUUCAUGAAUCUGACCCUUCCUAAUUGGGCGUACGAUUACUUUCCUGACGGUCCUCUGUUCGAUGGACUUAUACUCGCAUUUAAUUUUCUCAAUUUUAAUCCUUCAAUGAGAACACUCUUCACAGGUUCGAUGAUUCGUGGGAUAUUAGACAAUAUGAUAGUUGCAAAAAAUCCGAACCCACCGAAUACAAAAAUUUAUUUAUAUAGUGGACAUGAUGGUAAUAUUGUGAAUUUGUUGCAAAUUUUCGGUGUAUACGAGCCACAUUUUGUGGCGUAUUCCAGCGCAUUUGUUACUGAAUUGUAUGAGUUCAAUCAAGAAUAUUAUGUCAAGUUAUUUAGACAUGGUGAUCGAACACCCAACUUCCUGGGCGAUCUGUAUCAACCCAAGCUCGUCAUGGGUCACAGUUCGGAUACUCAUACAACGAAAAUGUCCCUGCAACUUGUUCUAGCUGGAUUGUUUCCGCCUACGGAUACUCAACAAUGGAACAAUGAUUUAAACUGGCAACCGAUUCCGAUUACAUAUGUACCACGUGUCACCGACAAUUUUUUCUUGAGUUAUGAGUGUCCACAAUAUAUUGACGAAUACAAUCGUAUAAUAAAUUUACCCGAAAUUGAAAAGAAAAAGUCUCAAAAUAAGAACGUACUGAGCAAGUUAACAGAACUAACUGGUAAGAAUAUUGAGACGCCUAUAGAUUGGUUGGCUUUAUAUCAAACUUUUCUUUCGGAGUCGUUUAUGAAUCUAACUCUCCCCAAAUGGGCUUAUGAUUAUUUUCCUGACGGUCCAUUGUUGGAUGGAGUUGCAUUAAUAUAUGAUAUUGGAAAUUACAAUGCUUUAACAAGAAGACUUUUCAGUGGCCCGAUGCUUCGUGCGAUGGCAAACAAUAUGUUAGCAGCAAAAAAUCCGAACCCACCGAAUACAAAAAUCUAUUUAUACAGUGGUCACGAUAGUAACAUUGCGGUUUUAUUGCAAAUUUUCGGCGUAUACAAACCACAUUUACCAGCGUAUUCCAGCGCAUUUGUUACAGAAUUGUAUAAGUUCAAUCAAGAAUAUUAUGUCAAGUUGCUGUAUUAUCGAGGCAUUCCGCCGAUUUUCGAAGAACUUCAAAUCCCAGGUUACGAUGUUUUAUGUUCUUUCAACAAGUUCUUGGAUUUUAUGAAAGAUCUAUUUCCAUUAAACGACGAAAUAAUUUGCGACAAAAGGCAGACGCCUGAUUUUGCCCACAUAAAAUAUCCUGUCGAUUUGCAGAAAAUUACAUUAAGCAUCAGUAACAUGAUGCUCAUUCUUCAAAAUUAUUUGUCACUUCUCGUAAUUAUAAGUCUAAACACGAUGCUAAUCGUGAGUAUACAACCUGAGCUGAAAUUAGUUAAUGUGUUAUUUAGACAUGGUGAUCGAACACCCGAGAAACACGAAAUAUUUCCGAAUGAUCCAUAUAUCAAUGAUUCAUUCCGAUCGAUAGGUCGAGGUGAAUUAACUAAUCAAGGCAAGAAACGCGAAUAUGAAUUGGGACAAGCCUUGCGCAAUAGAUAUAAAGAUUUCCUGGGCAAUCUGUAUCAACCCAAGCUCGUCAUGGCUCACAGUUCGGAUACUGAGAGAACAAAAAUGUCUCUGCAACUUGUUCUAGCUGGUUUGUUUCCGCCUGCGGAUACUCAACGAUGGAAAGCUGAUUUAAACUGGCAACCGAUUCCGAUUACAUAUGUACCACGUGUCGUCGAUAAUUUUUUCUUGAGUAACGAGUGUCCACAAUACCUCGAUGAGUAUUUUGGUAUUUUGAAUCUGCCCGAAAUGGAAAAGAAGAAUUCUCAAUUUAAGAACAUACUGAGCAAGUUAACAGAACUAACUGGUAAGAAUAUUGAGACGCCUGUGGAUUGGGUAGAUUUAUAUCAACUUUUUCUUUCGGAGUCGUUUAUGAAUCUGACCCUUCCCAAUUGGGCUUACGAUUACUUUCCUGACGGUCCACUGUUCGAUGCAGUAGUAUUCGCAUAUAAUACUGCGAAUUAUAAUCCUUUAAUAAGAAGACUUUUCAGUGGCCCGAUGCUUCGUGCGAUGGCAAACAAUAUGUUAGCGGCAAAAAAUCCGAACCCACCGGAUACAAAAAUCUAUUUAUAUAGUGGUCACGAUAGUAACAUUGCAGUUUUGUUGCAAAUUUUCGGUGUAUACAAGCCACAUUUUCCGGCGUAUUCCAGCGCAAUUGUAUUAGAAUUGCAAAAAAUCAAUCAAGAAUAUUAUGUCAAGCAAGGCAAAGCUCGUGAAUAUGAAUUGGGACAAGUCCUGCGCAACAGAUAUAAAGAUUUCCUGGGCGAAUUGUAUCUGCCUAAGCUUAUCAUGGGUCAUAGUUCGGAUUACGAUAGAACGAAAAUGUCCCUGCAACUUGUUCUAGCUGCCUUGUUUCCGCCUACCGAUACUCGUCAACGAUGGAACGCUGAUUUAAAUUGGCAACCGAUUCCGACAACAUAUAUUCCACGUGUCGACGACAAUUUUUUUCUAAGUGACGAGUGCCCACAAUUCCUCGAUGAAUACGAGCGUAUACUGAAUUUGCCCGAAAUAAAACAGAAAAUGUCCCAAUUUACAGACAUCAUGAAUAAAUUGACAGAUCUAACGGGUAAAAAAAUCGAGAAGCCUUUGGACUUGUAUUAUUUAUAUCAUACUUUUGUAUCGGAGUCGUCUCUGAAUCUGACUCUUCCCAACUGGGCGUACGAUUACUUCCCUGACGGUCCAUUAUUCGAUGGAAUUGUAACCGCAUAUGACAUUGCUAAUUUUACUCCUUUAAUAAGAAGGCUUUACGCUGGCCCGGUGAUUCGCGCAAUGUUGGACAAUAUGAUAAUCGCGCAAAUGCCCCACACAAAAUCACUGGAUACAAAAAUCUAUUUGUACAGUGGUCAUGAGAGCAACAUUGCAACGAUGUUGCAUGCAUUUAACUUGUACAAGCCUCAUGUUCCUGAGUAUUCCAGCGCGGUUAUUUUAGAAUUAUUACAGCAAGAUAAACAGUAUUACGUUAAGUUUUUAUAUUAUCGGGGCAUUCCAUCCAUCAUCGAAGAACUUCAGAUCCCAGGUUGUGAAAAACUCUGUGUAUUCCACAAGUUCUUAAAUCUAAUUCAGGAUCUGAUUCCGUCCGAUGAAGAGAUGGUUUGCGAUAAGAGAAAGACUACGGAUUAUGCUAAGACGGAAUAUUCUGCCACGUUGCAGAGCAAAAUGUACAAAUUAAUCAGUAAUAGCGCAAAACUUUAAUUAAAAUGUUACACACAUAAAGUUAUAUUAAAUAUUCAUAA